GAAAGGGGAGAGGGGACACUAUCCUCCGUUUAAGAAAAGAGAAAGAAACGAGUAAAACAAGAGAAUAAUCUAACGGACAAUAUUUUCAAACAACCGAGGCCACAAAAUAAUAUUUAGGAUUAUAAGGUUUCGAGAUCUAAUUAACAGCAUAUGAUUAUUUGGGAGAAUCUACCAAGCAGUUCCAAUUGGAUUAAAGGGAGAAUAAACCUGCGUGUAUUCCGGGAUUGACAGUAUAAACAAUUUAUAAACGAUCAUUUUGCUGUGCUCUUCCCCAGGGGAGGAAUGGCGCAGGUGCGGAAGUCCGUCUGCGACGGGAUGCGGACAAACUCCCGUGCUGAGCUGCGAGUCCCCCAGGUGUCUGCACGCCAGGAGAUUCUCACCAGCCUCGUGUCUGCCCUUGAUUCAGUGUGCACUGCCAUGUCCAAACUCAACGCCGAGGUGGCGUGUGUCACAGUGCAUGAGGACAGCGUGAUCGCCGUGGGGACCGAGAAGGGCAGGGUCUUUCUCAAUUCCAGAAAGGAAAUACAGACGGACUUCCACAAAUUUUGCAGAGUUCCCAGUCUACAAACACCGAGCACCCAUGGCAAAGCCCAGGAUGGUGAGCCCUCCAAGAUGCUGGGUAAAGAUGGUGGGCAUGGAAUGCAGCGGAGCACAAUCCCAGAGUCCCCUUCCAACAUCUUUGUCCUGAGGAAGAUGGUGGAGGAAGUCUUCAGUGUUCUUUACAGUGAGGCUGUAGGGAAAAGCAGUCUGGUGCCUGUGCCUUAUGAGUGGCUCCUGAAGGACACCUGUUCUGUGGCUGUCCAUGGUUUGCCUGAUGGAGUCUCCCUGAGGAAGCCUUCUGAGUAUGACACCAAGACCUUAAUGAAGAUCCUAGAGCAGAGCAACCGCAUUCGUUUCAUAGUCAAAAGACACACAGAGGACACUCCUCGAGAUGCCAAGCUCUGUCCAGAUCUUAACCACAACUCCACUGGCACCAAAAGCCUGGCCAACCAUGCCACGGUCAAACUCCCUGGCCAAGAGAUGUCACCCAGCAACUCCAUGCUCUCAAACUUCCUAUAUGGCAUGCCAAUGUCCUCCCAACCACACCCAGAUGGGAAACUAGAGCUGAAGCCCACCUCCCUCCACAGCCUCAGUAAAGAGCGCCUCUCCUCCUGGGCACCUGGGGUUGAGAAGCUGAUCCCAGCCAUGGACUGUGCCGACAAUGGUGAACGAUUAGCAGUGCCUGGUGAUCGAGGGCACAGCCCCCCUGGCAUCCAUGUGUCCAAACGGCUUCUGUUCUCAAUUGUGCAUGAGAAAUCAGAAAAAUGGGACACAUUUAUUCGGGAAACGGAGGACAUUAACACGUUACGGGAGUGUGUGCAGAUCCUGUUCAACAGCCGAUAUGCCGAGGCGCUGGGCUUGGACCACAUGGUUCCGGUGCCGUAUCGGAAGAUCGCCUGCGAUCCGGAAGCCGUGGAGAUCAUUGGGAUCCCGGACAAGAUUCCCUUCAAGAGGCCCUGCACGUACGGAGUCCCCAAACUGAAGCGGAUCCUGGAGGAGCGCCACGGGGUCCGCUUUGUCGUCCGAAGAAUGUUUGAUGAAAGGAUUUUUACAGCCGCGGGGAAGUCGUCAAAGGAUGAGAGCAAGCAGGAGAUGGGGUCUUCGUCUGAGAACAGCUUUGUGGAGACUCCCAGGGUGCAGCCAUCUUCUUUGGAGGUGGUCAGCAAUGCCCACAGCAGCAGAUCUACCAGCUCCUGCGUAAGUCCAUUGGCAGACUGUGAAGCAGGACCUUCAGGUGAUUGCAUUCCCUUGAAAAAAAUAAAAACUGAGCCACCAGACGGAGAAAUUAUUCAAGUGACAGUACCAGACGCGAGUGUCUCUACGGAAGAGCUGAGUGAGUCUCUGACUGAUGCUCUGGCCCCCGAGAGCCGGCGCCCCCUGGAGGCCCCUGCAGCUGAAGCAGCAUCAGAGAAUCCCACCACUCAGAUUCCCAGGAGGUCUGUUGAAGAGGAUCUUGGUGAGAUGAUCCUACAGCUUCGGAAGCAAGUGGAAAGCCUCUUUAGUACCAAGUACUCUGAGGCUUUGGGCCUGCCAGAACCCACCAGGGUGCCGUACUCCAAGUUCCAGUUGUACCCGGACGACCUGUUUGUCGUGGGGCUACCGGAAGGCAUGACUUUCCGCAGGCCCAACUGUUUUGGGACGGCGAAACUACGCAAGAUACUGGCAGUCAGCAAUCAAAUCCACUUCGUCAUCAAGAGACCAGAGUUAUUAAGUGAUCCAGUCAAGCUUGAAGCCUCUCCCCUGUCGGCUUCUAACCCAGCAGUAGACCUUGACUGCAAAGACAAUGUGCUGGAAGAUGCUGGAGCUGCAUCCAAAAGGCCAGGCUACUCAGACACCUUAGAGGCCAAACUGUCCAGAAUCGAUUUGGCCAACACCCUGAGGGAACAAGUCCAAGACUUGUUCAACAGAAAAUAUGGCGAGGCACUUGGCAUUAAGUACCCAGUCCAGGUGCCCUACAAGCGCAUUAAGAGUAACCCUGGAUCAGUCAUCAUCGAGGGCCUGCCUCCUGGCAUACCAUUCAGGAAACCCUGUACCUUUGGAUCUCAGAACCUAGAGAGGAUUCUGGCUGUAGCUGACAAAAUCUCCUUCACCAUCACCAGGCCUUUCCAAGGACUUAUCCCUAAACCAGCACCUAGACGGAUUACCUUGUUAAAAAAGGCAUAUGCCUCAAUAAGUGAUGACGAGGAGGUCAAUCGCAUGGGAGAGAAAGUCAUUUUGCGGGAGCAAGUGAAGGAACUCUUCAACAAGAAAUAUGGUGAGGCACUGGGCCUGGACCGGUCUGUUCUGGUACCAUAUAAGCUUAUCCGCGCUAGUCCAGACUCAGUAGAAGUUCUAGGACUACCAGAUGAUAUUCCCUUCCGCAACCCAAACACUUACGACAUUAACCGCUUGGAGAAAGUCCUGCAGGCUAGGGAUGAAAUCACCAUCAACAUCAAGAGCCAGCUACAACCUUUUGCAGAAAUCUGUACCCAAAGCUGUAAUACCGCAGGGAAAGACGGCUCCAGCAAUAGGCGCAAACGAAAAAGAGUUCCAGACUGCAACCAAGUAUCUACGCCUCCAGGGGUGGAGACGGGCGUGUCAACCAAUCAGAUUCCCGUAAUGCAAUGGCCUAUGUACAUGGUGGAUUACAGUGGAGUCAAUGUGCAGGUUCCAGGAAAAGUCAAGUACUAGCAGACCAAUGGGAACCUCUAAACUGAAAGGACAACUGAAAUGAAGAUGUCAAACAAAUAUGUAUAACCAUGGCUCCCAAUGUCAGCUUUUUUUAGAGUGCUGUUGCUACCAGCCUGUACAACUGAGGAACUAUUGGGCGAUAUUGGAGAUUUUGCUUGGUAAUAUGUUUAAGGAUGAACUGAGUGCUUUUAGCUUUUGCAGAGGAGGUUUCAAGUGUGAAGGUUUUCAAGGCGGCACAAAAAAAACCGAAGGAAAAGCCUCACACAGUGGGGUGGAAGGACUAAUGCUUGUUUAAAUUUUUCAAAAUUAAAACAUUAGCUCUGUGCUUGAAAGACACUAACUGUUAAGGUUCUCUGCUGAACUGUGGCCUCAGCUUCUACACAGAAUCUGCUGAAUGUGUGGUAUACUAUACACUAUUACUUUCAUGGAAUUUGCCAUUUAAAAUGCUCAUUCAGAAUCAAUAUUCUCCUUCCCACUACACUAAGUACCCAUUAACAUAUGUAUGGCCAAACUGUAGGAUUUCUUUUUUCAGAUGCAACCCAUAAAACCUCUUUAGUGUUCUUCUUUCUUUUUUUUGCGAGUGGUAUACAGAAAUCAUACCCAAAUCAAGUCUGGUUCACACUAUUAACAUGUCUCUAUGAUUAUUUAUUUAUUUAUUUAAAAUAACAAUAAUUUGUAUUUGCAGGGAUAUACAACAAAAUGUCCACCAAGAUGCAUUGGGUUUUGAAAUAAUACCUGGAUAGUGUGUCCACCAGAUUUGAUCCCUUUCAAGGCUUUUAGCUUCUCAUACCAUGCAACACCAGCUCCAUUGUGUAUAAUGGAAUAACAUUUCUCUAGACCAGCCAUUCUAUGGAUGGGAAAAUUUUGCAAUGCACUGUAAAUUCACUCCAUGACAAAUGUUCAGAUAUUUUUCCCUGUUCCCUAAGUUGCUAUCUUUUGUAACAUAUCAAAGCGACUUUAAUGGCUACACAAGAAAAAUGUCAAUAUGAAUGUAAUUUGUGUAAAGGAAAGGAGAAUUAUGUAUGUUAUCCUGUUACAACUGUCUCUCUGGAUUCACCAGUAUUUCUAUGCUGUACCUUAAUGCCAUUUAGGCCUUUGAAAUAAAAUGUGUUGCCUUGCA